CUUAGAAGUUAUCAGUGAUCGGUGGAAACUUGGAUUGCAUCAGUUUAGCUCCUGAUCUUUGGUCUGCGAAUUCAGUGAAACAAAUUAAAUCUGUAACAAAUCUAUAACAAACAAUAUUUUUUCAAAAAUGAUGAAAAUAGUGGUGUGUUUAGUUGUGAUGUGUGGAUUCAGUGCUGGAUACUCCAUUCCUGCGCAAAAUGCUUUUAUGUAUUAUCAACAACCGAUGAGCUACAGAACUGUGCAGCGCACAAUGUAUGGAUCGCAUUUUAGGAAUCAACAAUUUCGAAAUCAACGCGUAUCUGAUCUUGCUCCUGGUGUACACCCAAAUGAUUGCCAACAUAACGAUAGCGCUGAGUUACCUGUGCAAGAUGCCAAUGUAGGAUCAGUGGCUGACGCGUAUCCUUCUGAACAGUUCCCAGUUGAAGAAGAUGUCCCUGCAGUUUAUGAAGACGAGUCUGAGGAACCACUUGCUGAUGAAGUAUCUGUUCCAGCACCACUACCAGAGAAGAAGAAUAAAGGGGUUCCAACAAAGGCCGACUCUAGCGAAGAAGAGGAAGAGGAUACUGAUGAAGAAAUCGGUUCAAAUGAUACUGCGGCACCCAAUACUUUCUUUCCUAUAAAUUUUGGUAGCGCAAACGGUGGAGCUAUUGCCAUCGCCAAUUCAUACAGCACUGGAAAGGGAGGAUCAGCUACCAGCACUUCCACUGCCUAUGGAAGCCCUGCAACCUCCGAACUUAGGAGAAAAGCCGUCCUGCAGUUGAGGAGAAGACCAGCCAAAUUCCGAGGCCGACAAUAAAGUAUUAGUGGAAGUGUUUAGAAAACAAUUAAUUCACUGGCACUUUUUAAAUCUUUUGUAGCUAAUUGAAAAAAAAAA